UCCCUAGUUAAAAGCUUCUUUACUGCUACUCCCAAGUCCGCUGCGCUCCAGAAAAUGGUUGUGUAAACAGAUGGUCUGUAACACAGGUUGCGGUCGUUGCCAUCGGCUGGUUCUGGCGGGAUAUCGUCAAGUAUCUGAGGCCUUAUUUAAUCGAAAAGUGUCAGCGUUAUAGGAGUAGUCGUUUGUUUAAAAGUAAACCGAACAUACGGGUUCUUCAGGGGAAGCUCGGCUAACUUGUUAGCUUAUUAGUGUUAGCAGACGUGCUGUGUGUGACAUACUAUUUGUUUUUCUUUUUAAACACAUCUAAACCAGAUUUCAGUUACAAACUCGAGUUUAUAUUAUGUAUUCAGCUGGUGUUUCUAGGAAUAAAUGCGUGGGUUAGCAAGUUUAGCGAGUUUGGUUGGGGUGACAGUGGAUGCAAGAGGCCUGAGUCACAUCUGCAGGAGAUAUUUAGCCUAAAAACUGAACUUAACAGUCUGAAGUGCUCCUCUGGUCUUAUAUAAGAUACAUGAUCAGCAGGUGUGUCAAAUGAUUUAAAGCUUUAAUAGUUCGCUAACUUGCUAGGUUAUGACAUGGUAGGAGUGGAAGGAGCCUUGCCUACCAACACCCUGACAAAAUUCAGCAUCUUUUGGAGCGAUAUUUGAAGGUCAGUCCAGUUUUGGAGAAGUUGGGUCAUCAUCAGUUUGUGCUGAUGUUGUGUGACUGGCCUGCUCAUCUGGAUCUGCGCGCGUUGCUGUCUGCUUGACCCCAGCUGCUCUUUCCACUUAUCAAGUUACUGAACAACGACCACCAUGUCCGACAACCAGGGCAAUGUGAAUAACAACAACGUCCCACUGAACAACAACAAUAACGGUGGGCCGAACCGGAUCCGGAACCCCGCUAUGAACCAGAACCCCCUGAUCAACGUGAGAGACAGACUCUUCCACGCUUUAUUCUUUAAGAUGGCAGUCACAUAUGCCAGACUCUUCCCACCAUCCUUCAGACGGAUAUUCGAGUUCCUCGUCUUGUUAAAGGCAUUGUUUAUGCUCUUCAUCCUGGCCUACAUCCACAUUGCUUUCUCACGCUCUCCAAUCAACUGUCUGGAGCACGUGCGGGAGAAAUGGCCCCGUGACGGCAUCCUGCGUGUGGAGAUCCAGCGCAACUCCAGCCGUGCACCCAUCUUUCUGCAGUUCUACGAGACCGAGGGAAUCCAGGGCCUCGUGAAGGAACCAGAGGAGGACGGAAGUGAAACCAGACAGCCAGUGGUGCCCACAGACGCUGAAGAGGAGGAAGAGAUGACCAUGGAGAUGUUUGACAACAGCACAGUACGGUUUGAGCUCGACAUCGAGCCACGUCUGAAUCCGUCGAUGAGUGGUGGUGUUCCUGGCUCCAGCCUGAAUGAAUCCCAGGAUCUGUCCUUCAGCCAGGCCCCCUCUAAAGGUAUGCAGCCGCUGAGGGAGACUGUCUCCGAGAUUGAGAUGCUAACUCGAGCAGUGUGGCCUCAAGAAGAGUAUAUUGUCGAAUAUUCUUUGGAAUAUGGUUUCCUACGGCUGUCCCAGGCCACCCGGCAGCGACUCAACAUCCCUGUUAUGGUGGUGACCCUGGACCCCAUGAAGGAUCAGUGCUUUGGAGACGGUUUCAGUCGCUUUCUCCUGGAUGAAUGCCUGGGUUAUGACGAUAUCCUGAUGUCCAGUGUGAAGGCUUUAGCAGAGAAUGAGGAAAACAAAGGAUUUCUGAGAAACGUGGUCUCUGGAGAACACUACCGUUUUGUCAGUAUGUGGAUGGCUCGUACUUCCUACCUAGCAGCCUUUGUAAUCAUGGUUAUCUUUACUCUGUCCGUAUCCAUGCUGCUGCGGUACUCGCACCACCAGAUUUUUGUGUUUAUAGUGGACCUUCUCCAGAUGUUGGAGAUGAAUAUGACCAUUGCCUUCCCUGCCGCCCCUCUCCUCACUGUCAUCCUGGCUCUUGUGGGGAUGGAGGCCAUCAUGUCUGAGUUUUUCAAUGACACAACCACUGCCUUCUACAUUAUCCUCAUUGUUUGGUUGGCAGACCAGUAUGAUGCCAUUUGCUGCCACACCAAUACAAGCAAGCGCCACUGGCUCAGAUUCUUUUAUCUGUAUCACUUUGCCUUCUAUGCGUAUCAUUACCGCUUUAAUGGCCAGUACAGCAGUCUGGCUCUGGUCACUUCCUGGCUCUUCAUUCAGCACUCAAUGAUCUAUUUUUUCCAUCACUACGAACUACCGGCCAUCUUGCAGCAGAUCCGGAUCCAAGAGAUGCUGCUUCAGAACCAGCAGGUGGGUCAAGGAAACCAGACUGCAUUGCAGGACAAUCUUAACAACAACACUAGCAGUGCUGCGCCUGCCGGCCAAGCUAACGCAGCUGCUAACGCAAACACUAACGGCCAGGACCGGCAAGCUGCUCAGGACCAACCUCAGCUCGAAACCCACAACGGCUUGGUGAUAAAUACCGGCCUGCCCGUCGACCCAUCAAACUCCGACCUUGACUGGAUGGCCGAGAUCGCCAUUGGCCCGGACGUCUUGUCAGUUCCACACUUGAGCGACUCGCUUUUAGAACCAGGAGGGAACCAGGAACCAUCGUCGUCCGGCACAGGGGUAACAGAGCUGCGUGGUCCGAGCACACCAGGAGAGAACCAAGUCGGAAACAUUAGCACAGCCAGCGUUCCUGCAGGACGGGGUUGCGCUCAGGGUCUGGGUCCCCCUGGUGAUGGAGGAGGGCAGAGUGAAUCCGAACCUUCCUCCCCAGGGACCUCACACACAGACUGCAGAGUUGCAGAAACACUUAAAGGCACCACGGACUUGGACGACAAGACGGAGAACAGAAGCGAGAGUUCAGAUUCUCACUCCGCCCCGGCUUGAGUCACGCACCCCCGUUCUGAAAGAAUGAAUCCACGCUCUACAGUCGCCACCCCUCUCUGUAAAUUAAUCCAGAAGGCAUCAAGAGCAGAAGCCGUGAUGGAGCUUUAUGUAAUUACAUCCUGUAAACCUCCAACGUGAACAUGAGGAAGGCCGAAGCAGAUUUCCGCCGUCUAGUCAUGUUCUUAAGAGUAAAUUCGUAUUGAAUUGUCGAAAUGAUGCCAUGUGUGAGGGUGUGAUCAUUUGAAGUCUUUACAUGUGAUUUUCUCUUUUCUUUUUUUUUUUUUUUUUUUUUUUUUUUUUUUAAUGAUUGAAACUUUUAAUACAGGGAGUAUUCAGUUUAAAAUGUGAUGUAUCGCUUAAUAAUGGUACUUUUUGUUGCUCCCGAUUAUGGAGUUGCAGGUAUCAGCGGGCCGCACUGGCGGCAAUCUUCAAAUCUGAAUACACGUACUUUGCACAUCUUGUGCAAGGGAUUGUUUCGGCUUCCUUUCCAUUCCUCUUAUGAUAUAACGUUAAUGCUGCCUACUUGAAGCAGUGAAAGUUUAUUUAGUCAUGAUAACAUUUUUUUUGGUCCCUACUACCUUUGUUCACUACAACGAGCUGCCAAAAUGUUCCUUACGCGAUUUGAAAUCUAGCUCACGACCCGUUGCGUUCAGGCAUGGUAUUGUCAUGUGUGGAGCAGCUUGACUCCUGAAUCCAAUGCUAUUGGUGGUCAUAGUGCUUUGUUGUAGUUCAUUGGUGAGUGUAGUCAAAAGAAGUGGGCAGGUGACGUCAGAGCAACAUUAUACUCAGAGUAAGUCCUCCUUCCACAUAUUCUAUAUCAAACGUUCUGUCAUGGGGUCAUUUCUGUACUUUCCAAUCCUCAUCAAGAGACAUUUUUGUAGUUAGUUUAGACGGACAUGUCUUUUGCACAAACUCAUCAGCAACUCGUUUGUUUUUUCUUCAGGUCAAGUCAGGCUUUGAGAGAGCAGGUGUAUAGAUUAUUGCCUUAUGCUUCUAAAACCGAACAUUAACCUUUUGUUUCCGUCUUUGGCCAAGUACACUGGGGUCGAUAGCCUUACCAUAGGCUUCGAAGCUAGUAGAGCAAAUAGCAACUGGUAGUUACUUUAGCAGAAUUUCAGGUCAGAAGGUCAGACUGUGCUCAAUUCACAGCUUUGCAGCCCAUUCACUUAAGUCACUGAUCUAGAACUCUGUUGUCUUUACAUAUUCUGUUUUUGUAGACGUUUCUCCAUAAGUUUGACUUGGGAAGAUCAUGGCUGUCUAAUAACAAGAUUUGUUGAUCUUCAUGACCAUGUGUAAAAACUUCACUAAAUGCAACGCAAACUAAGAGAACAAAGGAAACUGUUGUGACGUAUGACUGUGGAUGGGGAGGGUCAUUUAAAGGCUAUGCAACAUGGCAAGUAAAAGCCAGGCUCUGGAUAUUUUUUUUUUUUUUUUUUUUUUUUUUUUUUUUUAAUUCAAAUUGUGCAAUAUUUUGUAAGGCUCAGAUCCAUAAAGGAUUCCAGGUCUGAAAGAGUGAUUUAUGGUUUCAUGAUCAGUUCCUCAAUAUUAUUUUUUUGUGCCUAUUUGCCAUUGUCAGAGGAAACAGAUGAUUGUAGUGUUUAGAUGCAUCGUGUAGGAUGUCUAGACAGAAACUGAAAAGAAAAUAAUUCUCAGUUCUGUGAUAAACUCGAUUCUGUCAUUCAAAUGUAUUUAACUGUAAUGUUUAAAAACUGCAUAAAGAGAUGAAAUUAAUUUCCA